CCCAUGCCGUAUGGCGUCAUGCUCAGCAUAUAAAGCUGGGGGAAGGAGGAGGAAGGGGGAUGCUCGGAGCGAUGCUGUCUGCCUGCCCAUGUCCCUGUCCCACGUGCUGGAGCCCUGCUCCCCUGGGGGUGGCUGAGCCCCUGCCUGCCAUGGGCAGCGGUGAGUGAACUCCUGGGUUUGCUUUGCUUGUACACCAGCUUUAGACUUACCUGCUAAACUGUCCUUGUCUCAACUCAUGAGUUUUCUCACUGUUUUCCUUCCGAUCCUCUCCCCAUCCCACCAGGGGGGAGUAAGCAAGUGGCUGUGUGGGGCUGAGCUACUGGCAGGGGUUAAGCCAUGACAAAUGUCAGCAUUAAAUCUUUGUCAGAGCAUCUUAGGAGGGAUAAUGUCUUGCUACAUUUAGGAAAAAAAAAAAAAGAAAAAAGACAUAAUGGACAUUUAUGUGAAAGCAAAUUAGAUGAUUUUUGAGCAUGCUGGAAUCUGGGUAAUGGAGUAUUUUUUAAGAUGUCAUCUUUUAGGCUGAUUACCUUUGUUCCACCUUCUACUUGGUAUUUUAAUAUAUAACCUAGAACACUACUUGCACUAUAUUUCUACCCUGUGUUUCAAAAUAUUGGCUUGAACAGCUUUUUGGAAGAAGAGCUUUUGGAAGCCAAAGCACCAGGUUAUAUGAAAGAAAGGGCAGCGGGGAGGAGAGGCAGCCAGUGACGCUGGGAGCUGUGGGAUGCACUGGGGAGGUGUUAGGGUGCCAACAAGGCAAGAAAAGAUGAUGUCAGGGAAUGAAUGAAGAGGGUUUAUGGGGUGCUGGCACGUCAGCCCUCCUUCCCCGGGUGCGAACAAUAGAUGGAUGUGGGUCAGGCUGCCACAAAGGUGCUCUGGGGCUGGCUUACACCCGCAAAGCAGUUGAAUGACCUCAUCGUUAUCAGACAUGAGGUCUGCUGAGAGCACGCUGGCUGCACCGUUCUUCCCCAGUGUUACGGGGUGUUACUGCUGGCCAUUGGAUCGUGGGGAAGCUGUACCCCACUGCUGGUUCUGCAGCUGUUCUCAUGUGUAUAAAUCCACCAAACCCCACAGCAUCUCUCUCCAAAUGAGGGCACCGUGGGGUAGUCCUUUGCAGAGCAAAGUUGUGUCCCACCUUUCCUUUUACACCAGCUUCCGCCCUGCUCUGCUAUUCAAAUAAUUAUUUUACAUGUGCAGAAGCAGUAACCACCCCAUGAUACUUUAACCCAUUACCAGCUUGCUCCAAAAAGCCAGGAUUUUAGCCAGCAUUUCAUGACAUUGCUACUGCUGGACGCCUUGGGGAUGCCAACACUGAGGCCAGCUGCUGGGUGAAGAUCAAGUGAACCUGCACCAUGGCCUGCAGGCCAAAUGCCACAAUUGUUAUUAUUGAUUUGCUGGAGCAAGUAUUCCACUCAGCAAGGACCAGUUUGCCAGCCCAUUCUGCCUCCCACGGCCCAGAGCUUGCUGAAAUGGUGGGAGGCAGAAGCAUUGGUGUCGGGGAGUGCCUGCUCCAUGCACUGUGCUGCCGGGGUUGGGCUCUCUGUACCUAUGUGGGUCAGUAAAUGCUUGUUUUCCAGAACUCCUCCAAAUUCAAGGGACACAAGCCAGGAGGGCCUGAGCUGGCUCAUGACUCACAGCUGGCUCCAUUAUUUUAAGGGUCUGGUGAAGCUACUGGAGGUGAGGAAGAUCUACUAGCUGACAGGAGCUAGCACAGCUCCACAGUCCCUGUGCUGGCUCCUCAGCAAGGGAUGUCUCUUGAGAGGUUUCGGGAAGAGCUCAAGAUAUUGAACCUAGCUCUGAUUGAAAAGAAACACUGUUCCUGGGGAGAAGCUGGAGAGACGGGUCCCAGGUGUCCCACGAUGCCAACCCCUGCCGAGCCAGCAGCAGAGGUUAAGCCCCGUUCACAGCCUGGGAUCCCGGCGGAGACGGCAGGGAUGAGAGUGGCAGUGGUGGGCGCGGGUGUCAGCGGGCUGACAGCCACCAAGUGCUGCCUGGAUGAGGGGCUGGAGCCCACCUGCUUCGAGCAGAGCCAGGACAUCGGGGGGGUCUGGCGCUACACGGAGUACAUUGAGGCCGGUCGGCCAAGCCUCUACCCGUCAGUCAUCAGCAACACUUCGAAGGAGAUGUCAGCAUUCUCUGACUUCCCCUACCCUGAGGACUUCUCCGUGUUCCUGCCCAAUGCCCAACUCCUGGACUACCUCCGGCGCUAUGCUGAGCACUUCAGCCUCCGGGGACACAUCAAAUUUGGGACCACUGUUGUCAGCAUUCGGAAACGCCCUGACUUUGCCACCACGGGCCAGUGGGAUGUGGUCACGGAGGCGGGUGGGAAGCAGACAUCACAUGUCUUCGAUGCCAUUAUGGUUUGCAUCGGCAAUUGCUCCGAGCCAUCGCUCCCUCUGCACUGUUUUCCUGGCAUCGAGAAGUUUCAAGGCCAGUACUUUCACAGCCGGCAGUACAAGCAUCCCGAGGUGUUCCAGGGGAAGCGGGUCCUCGUGGUUGGCAUGGGUAAUUCAGGAGCGGACAUCGCAGUGGAGGCCAGCCGCGUAGCUGCAAAGGUGACCCUUUGCACCAGCCAAGGUGCCUGGGUGAUCAGCCGCGUGUUUGACUAUGGCUACCCGUGGGACAUGGUCUUCAACACUCGCCUUAUGAGCCUGAUCAGAAACCACCUCCCCCAUCCCCUUUCAUGGGGGUUGAUUAACCACAGGGCGAACCAGUGGUUCAAGCAUGAGAACUAUGGCCUUCAACCAGAGAAAAGAUGCCUGGUGCGUGACCCUGUGCUGAACGACGACCUUCCAAGCUACAUCCUGACAGGAAGAAUUACCAUCAAGCCGAGUGUGAAGGAGUUCAAGGACAACUCCGUUGUUUUCCACAAUUGCCCUGAGGAGGAGCCCAUCGAUAUCGUUGUCUUCUGCACAGGCUACAAUGUCUCCUUCCCAUUCCUAGAAGAAACAGUUGUCAAGAUGGAAAACAAGCACGCGUCCCUCUACAAAUACGUGUUCCCAACCCACCUGCAGAGGCCCACCCUGGCUGUCCUUGGGCUGAUAAAGCCAUUAGGAGCCAUCAUGCCUGUGUCAGAGAUGCAAGCACGCUGGGUGACCCGUGUCUUCAAAGGCUUGUGUCAGCUGCCUCCUCAGUCUGUCAUGGAGAAGGAAGUAAAUGAGAACAAGAAAAUCCAAUUGCAAUGGUUUGGUCUGUCCUUUGAUGAAGUCCUCAAAACAGAUUGGCUGGCCUACCUGGACCAGCUCACCUCCUUCAUUGGGGCCAAGCCCAGCGUGCUGCGGCUGCUCUGCAGAGACCCCCGGCUGGCCCUCGCCAUUUUCUUUGGCCCCUGCACCCCCUACCAGUACCGGCUGGUGGGCCCCGGGCGCUGGGAGGGGGCGCGCCAGGCCAUCCUCACCCAGUGGGACCGGACCCUGAAGCCCACAAGAACGCGAGUCUCUGCCAACUCCUCCAGCCUCUGUCCUUCCCUCCUGACGGUGGUGGGGUUCCUCCUGCUCCUGGCUACCCUGCUUUUUGGUUUCCAGUAGAUUUUGGAGCCUG